CGCGCCGCCGCCAGGGGGCGCCCUGCGCUCGCCCACCGCCUCACGCCCCGCUCGGGCCCGCGGCCUGUGCGGGAAACACCGCCCUGAGUGCGUGUUUGGGGAUCCAUCCAUCCAUCCAUCCAUCCAUCCAUCCAUCCAUCCAUCCAUCCAUGCACCUUCUUACACCCCGCAAUAACUGCCGUCUUCCCUCUGUGAUUUUUUUCCCCACUGUUUUGCACUACUUGAACUACCUCUGUCCUCACCACACUUGCUUCAUGUCUCAAAGGGAGUGGCUUGUGGGAGCACAAAUGAAGGCACUUGUGCUGUGUUUACAAGUUUAAAGUUACAAACUUAAAAGUUAUUGUUUGUAAUAUAAAAGGAGUACUAGGAAGAGCCCAGGAGCCCAAAGGAGUAUAGCCCUCGUUACUGAAGGAACAACACAGGAAAUGUGUAUAAUGCUAACAGCUGAGAGAAACAUGCUUCGUAUCAGCAGCAAUUAAAUCGGAUGGGCAGCAUCAUUGGAACCAUGGGGUGCAGCAGUUCUGUAGCUGACAGAAGGUCAGAGAAUGCUUUUAGACGCUGGCUGAGGUCAGGAAGCAUCUUUAGACCACCUCUAACAUUGACAGAAUGGGUUGUAAAAGAUUCACAGCAUCUGGGAGAGAAGCUAAAUUUCAGAGGUGUCUGUACUUGCUCUGUCACUGGCAGAGUCAUUAGAGCUGCAAUCCUCAUCCAGAAGUGGUACCGCUUUACGAUGGCGCGGCUGGAGAUGAGGCGCCGCUAUUCUCUCAGUAUCUUUCAGUCAAUCGAAUAUGCUGAUGAACAGGAUCAACUACAGCUAUCCAACUUUUUUACAUUCAUGCUGGACCAUUGUACUCAUCCUGAUUCAGUUUCUCAAAUUUUCACCAGCCCUAGUGCUUCUCAGGUGGUGGACGAAGACUUAUGUUUAAAAGAAUUUGAAAAAAAGAUUGAUGUUCCAGACUCUUAUCAUGGACCACGACUCUCAUUCCCCCUUACUGUGGAAGAUGCCAAUGCUCUCCUUCAUGCUUUCAGGAAUGAACAGCUGCUUCAUGCCCGCUAUGUACUGCAGCUGCUAAGUGAAACUAGGAGGGUUCUCAAGGAGAUGCCAAAUAUCACUCAUCUUUCAACUUCCUAUUCCAAGGAGAUAACUGUCUGUGGAGAUUUGCAUGGAAACCUGGAUGAUCUUUUGCUGAUAUUCUAUAAGAAUGGUCUGCCUUCAGAACAAAACCGCUAUGUCUUUAAUGGUGAUUUUGUUGACAGAGGGAAAAAUUCUAUGGAAAUACUUAUAAUCCUAUUUGCAUUUCUUCUAAUCUAUCCCAAUGAUUUACACUUGAAUAGAGGAAACCAUGAAGACUACAUCAUGAACCUGAGAUAUGGCUUCACAAAAGAAGUUUCGAAGAAGUACAAGGACCACUGGAAACAGAUUUUGUGUCUUCUGCGAGAUGUUUUUAGCUGGCUUCCCCUUGCCACUAUAAUUGAUAGCAAAGUCCUUAUCCUACAUGGGGUUUCAGACACUACAGAUCUGGAUUUCCUGAAUGCACUUGAGAGAAAUAAGUUGAAAUCUUUGAUGCGGCCACCAAAGUCAGUGAGAGAUAGACAGGACCAAACAAAGAAGAGAAUUCCCACGACCAAACCCAGUAAACACAUUCCCAACCAGCAUGUUGCAGGGAAGGCACAACACAACUCUUCAUCGGGCUUCACUGAGCCUUCAGGCUCAAAUUUGCCUCCAGACCCCGCCCUGAAGGAAUGGAAACAAAUCCUUGACAUUCUAUGGAGUGAUCCAAGAAGCCAAAAUGGCUGUACACCAAACAAGUGUCGAGGAGGAGGCUGUUACUUUGGUCCUGAUGUCACUGCCAAGCUGUUUGAGAGGUAUAAUCUGAAGAUGCUCAUCAGGUCUCAUGAAUUUAAGCCAGAAGGUUAUGAGAUCAGUCAUGAUGGGAAGGUUAUCACCAUAUUCUCUGCCUCUAACUAUUAUGAAGAGGGCAGUAACCGGGGCGCUUACAUCAAGCUGAAUCCCGAGCUGAUCCCCCGGUUUGUGCAGUACCAGGUCAGCAAGUUCACGCGCAGGCAGAAUCUCCGGGAGAGGGUAGGUACAAUUGAAUCAUCUGCCUUAAAGUCCUUACGAGAGAAGAUUUAUGCUCACAAGUCUGAACUCACCAGUGCUUUUGCACAAUACGACGUCAAUGGCACAGGCAGGAUUUCUGUCAACGACUGGGCUGCAGCGAUGGAGUCUGUCCUACAGCUGGAACUGCCCUGGAGGAUGCUGCGGUCUCAGUUAGCACAGAUGAACCCAGAUGGAGAAGUUGACUUCAUGUCAUGUUUUUAUGAUUUGAAAAUGGGUCAACCUAUAAAAGAGGCUCAGCCAGCUUUGGCAGAAACACUGUGCAGAUACAGAAAGGAUCUGGAGAUUAUCUUUAACAUCAUUGACAAAGAUCACUCAGGUUUUAUUUCUCUUGAGGAAUUCAGCCAGACAUGGAGACUCUUCACUUCUCACCUGGGCAUUGAUGUACAGGAUGAUUCCAUUGACAAGUUAGUCCUCAGCAUAGACUAUAACAAAGAUGGCCACAUUGAUUUCAAUGAAUUUUUAGAGGCCUUUCAUGUUGUCCACAGACUUGAGAAAAAGGCAACCUCCUGAAAAGGCAGAACUUCCUGUGGGUUGUCUUGGAAGCUCAGCUUGCUGUCAUUAGUCAUAAAAGGACUGCUCGAUAGGGUCAGUGUGCAAGCUUUUAUUUAGCCCUUCCAGGAUGAUCUGUACCUAAUAAUGGACAGAGGAGAUGAAAACCCACACUUACAGUAUUACUGUGUCACUGCCACACUGCCAGGACCUUUCAAUUUACCCCCUCCUCUUGGUGGCAUCUCCCCCCAUCAGUCUAAUCCAUGAAGAUUGCCAAGGUCGUGCCUACAGCUGUGUAGGAAGAGAAGAUUUGGUAUGUGUCUGUCAGCAGUCCUUAGUGACAGCUGAAAGCAUUGAUCACCACAUGGAACAUAUCAGACCCACUCUGGUGAUGGAACAGGCACAAAGAGGCUGGCUGUGGGGUGUCCAUUGCAGGAA